AUGAAAUUUUUACUGGUUACCGUUGGUUUGAUCCUGGCUGUUUCAGCUGAGGAAAGUAUCAAUAAUGAUUACCAUGAAACGGUCGGGAUACCUAUGGCAGCAAGAAUUAAAGAGGCAGAAACAGCUUUGGACUUCGAUGGAUCCAGAAUCUCUGGCGGGCAAGUCGCUGCUCUUGGAACAUUCCCAUACUUUGCUGGCCUUUUAAUAAUGUUGCUGAACGGAAGGCAAUCGGUAUGCGGGUCCACUAUCGUAUCCAGAACUAAGCUUGUUACAGCCGCACAUUGCUGGAGAACAGACAGACAUUUCGCCCACCACUUCGUAGUGGUAAUGGGUUCCGUUCGUCUUUUCAGUGGUGGAGUUCGCCAAAAUACCAAUAGGGUUGAGAUGCACGCUAACUACAACAGCGUAAAUCUUAAUUAUGAUAUCGCUAUCAUUACUCUUAUAAAUCCCGUUACUUUUAACAAUAACAUUGGUUCAAUCAACAUUAUAAGUGGAAGCAGCGACUUUAUCGGCGUUUGGGCCUCGGCAGUUGGAUUUGGCAUGACUAGUGAUUCUGCUAGCAUCGGCACAAAUCAAGCAUUGAGUCACGUCAAUUUGCAAGUCAUAGCCAACAACGUCUGUGCUCAGGUCUAUGGUAGCAACGUCGUCAUAGAUUCAACUCUUUGUGUUGCUACAACUGGAGGAAAGAGCACCUGUGGCGGUGACUCUGGAGGACCUCUUACUGUUGGCACAGGCAACAACCGACAGCUAAUUGGUGUCACUUCCUUCAGUCAUAUCAAUGGAUGCACUAGAGGCCAUCCCGCGGCCUACGAGCCCAUUAACAAUGACUACCACAACACCAUAGGUGUGUAUGAAGCUGCUCGUAUCAAACAGGCUGAAGAAUCAGCUGACUUUGACGGCAGCAGAAUCACUGGAGGAAGCGCUGCUUCUCUUGGACAGUUCCCUUACCAAGCCGGUUUACUUAUCAGAUUAGUUGACGGCAGGCAAUCAGUUUGUGGUGCCACUCUGAUCAGUAACACCAGAUUGGUGACAGCUGCUCACUGCUGGAGAGCGAAUGGGAUUCAAGCCCGUGUAUUCACCGUCGUUCUUGGCACCAUCAAUCUCUAUUCUGGUGGUACACGUAUCGACACCACAGAUGUGAGGGUACACCGAAACUACAAUCCGCGGAAUCUUAACAACGAUAUUGCCAUCAUCGUUAUAAGUCCGGUUACCUACUCCAAUGCCAUCAGGAACAUCGGAAUUGCAAGUGGUAGCAACCAAUACGUUGGAACUUGGGCGACAGCGUCAGGAUUUGGUCGUUACACUGAUACGUCCGGCGUAUCUGUAGGCUUGCAACACGUCAACUUGCAAGUGAUCUCCAAUAUCAUAUGCAGAUUUACGUACGGAAACACUGUAGUAAGCUCCACUCUAUGUGUUGCUACUCCAAAUGGCCGCAGUACCUGUAGUGGAGACUCUGGCGGACCUUUGGCCGUCGGUAACACUCUGCCGUGGCUGUUUCAGCCUUCGAGCCUGAACUACCUAUCACCAAUGACUACCACAACACCAUUGGUGUUUUUCGAAGCUGCUCGUAUCAAACAGGCUGAAGAAUCAGCUGACUUCGACGGCAGCAGGAUCACAGGAGGAAGCGCUGCUUCCCUUGGCCAAUUUCCUUACCAAGCGGGUUUACUUAUCAGAUUAGUUGACGGCAGACAGUCAGUUUGUGGUGCCUCUCUGAUCAGUAACACCAGAUUGGUGACAGCUGCUCACUGCUGGUAUUCUGGUGGUGCCCAAGCUCGUGAAUUCAACGUCGUUCUUGGCUCAGUCAAUCUUUACUCUGGCGGUACUCGUAUCACUACCCGCAAUGUACGCAUGCACGGAAGCUACAACGCGUGGAAUCUCGCCAAUGACGUUGCUGUGAUCAUCAUCAACCGUGUUAACUACUCCAGUUCUGGAGCGUCUUCGACCAUGAGACACGUAAACUUGCAAGUUAUCUCCAAUGACGUGUGCAGGCGCACUUACGGAAAUAUUAUUGCAUCAUCUGUCAUCUGUGUUGCUACUCCUAACGGACGCAGUACCUGCGGAGGAGACUCCGGUGGUCCCCUGGCCAUUAGUAACACAUUGAUCGGAGUUGUAUCUUUCGGUCAUCGUGAUGGAUGCACUCGUGGACACCCCGCCGGUUUCGCCAGAGUCACAUCCUUCAACUCAUGGAUUCGAUCCAUCUAA